AUGUUGUGGGUCAAGAUCUUCAAAUUUUCAUUUUUAGUGGAACUGUUUGUAGCAUUCACCGAAGUAGAUGCCAAAAUGUCGGUAAUAAUUCCGUAAUUUUUGGGUGGAUUGCAUUUCGUUCGGUGUCCUAGCGUCUUUUAAAACAGUUGAACAAUCCGAAGAAAUGAAUUAAUCAUUGCGUGAUAUUUAGAACAAACUUUUAACAGGCACCCAACAGCAGGCCUUCUGACCUAUUUUUUUCCUUAAAUCUUUAGUUUCCUUUAGCGGAAGGGGACGAUAGCUUCGUUCGAGGAACUUUUCCUGAUGAUUUUAUUUGGGGCGCAGCAACAGCAGCGUAUCAGAUCGAAGGCGCCUGGGACGAAGAUGGGAAAGGACCAAGUAUAUGGGACACUUUUUGCCACGUCGGAAGGAAAAUUCACAACAAUGACACUGGAGAUGUCGCAUGCGAUAGUUACCACAAAAUCGACGAGGAUAUAGCCCUUCUGAAAAACCUCGGAGUAGGUUAUUACCGAUUUUCCAUCUCCUGGUCCAGGGUUUUACCCCUGGGAACAACAGAUAAAGUUAAUCCCUUGGGAGUCGAAUAUUACAACAACCUAAUUAAUGCAAUGUUAAGCAAUGGCAUCAAGCCGGCUGUUACACUCUAUCACUUUGACCUGCCUCAGGCUUUGCAAGACAAGGGUGGUUGGCGUAAUCCCAACAUACCUGAUAUUUUCAAUGCUUAUGCAAGAUUUUGUUUUAAAGAGUUUGGAGAUAGAGUUGGAAUAUGGAUCACAAUUAAUGAGCCACACGAGGAAGCACUAGAUGCAUAUGGGCUUGGUGCUUUUGCUCCAGGUAUAAAGGAGAUGGAUGCAGGACCAUACCAGGGUGAGCUUUAUAGAGGCAGUCACUGGCAGGAUAACUUUCUACAAGUGACAUGCCCCCACCCCCAUAAGGGAACUCCCAUAUUAGACAAGACAGAUAUGUGCCACUGAACAGGGUUUAUGGUUUUCAGGGUCUUAACUCUUAAACAGGGUGUGCAAUUAACACUAUUUGGCGUCUUUAACAGGGUGUGAUUUUGGCCGAGAAGCCUUUAAAAGAAUUUUAGGGCUGCAAAUGAGCGGUCUGCAUUAAUUUUGUGUGGCACCAAUGAUUUUUUCCAAAAAUUUAGUCCUAUGAUGUUAGUCUGAAAAUUUACCUCAUUGCUGUAUGCAAAAUGGAAUGAAUAAUCCACAGGGUAGUGAGCAAUUUUUGUCUUAAACAGGGUCAGGUUUUGAAGGCUUUGGCGGCCAGCUCUACCUAAACUUCUUUUGAGUGCAGCCUCUGGGGAUGGCCCCUUAAAAUUAUGAUGUCACCAAAAUUUUGACAAAUACCCAAUGCAGAUUAUUCUGAACGAAAAGUGCUGACAUUCUUCUACUGCAAGUUGAAAAUAUUUGAGGUACAAAACAGGGACAUGUGUAUACUUCACCGCUUGCCCCUUUAACAGAACUGUUACACCAGAAAAAGUUUAAGCAAUUUAAAUAUACAACUUUUUAUGGAUAUUGUAAUAACAUUUUAAGGUGAAAUGUAACAAGCUUUCAAAACAAGCUGAUUACAACUGAUACUUUAUUUCACCCAGAGAAAAAAUUCGGAUUUCUUCCCUCAUGUAACCAGAGAAACAUGGAGACAUACAGAUGGGCCAAAUUAUGACCCAAGGAAUAUAGGGUUAUGAAAUGUGGAACUUGUAUAAACAGGAAAAAAGUUUCUGUUCACAAGCAGAUGGGAUUUAAGUUGGGGUGUGUAUUACUGGGUGUUUUAGGGUAAUUUCUCAAUUCCUUGCUUUGUUAGUGGUAAAAUAUUAAUGAAAACCCCUGCUACUGUCUUUGAUUUGAUACAGCUGGCCACAAUAUGCUACUUGCUCAUGCAAAAGCCUGGCAUACCUAUGAUAAAGAAUUCCGAAGUGCCCAACAGGGCAAAGUAAGCCUUGUCGUCAAUGCGCAGUGGUAUGAACCAAAGACAAACAAGGAAGAAGACAUUAAAGCUGCGGAUCAUGGUAUGCAGUGGUUUCUGGGCUGGAUGGCACAUCCUGUGUUUAUUGGAGAUUAUCCUGAGGUGAUGAAAACACGGAUCUUUGAGAAGAGCAAGGCAAAAGGGAUUCCUUCUAGGUUAGUUCAUGGAGCAAAACACCCCCCAAGGUGCUUUGGAUUCAAAAAACCCAAAUUUUAUGAUCAAGAAACAGCUUUUAUUUACUUUGACCCCCAGAUGGUACAAAACAGCAUUUAACUGACAAGUUAAGAAUAAUUACCGGUAUGGUUUGUUUAAACUGUUAAAACUCCCAGCUGUACUUGUAGCUGUGAUCCCAAGGAGGGGGGAGGGGGGGAGAGGCUCCGCCCCAAGUUCAAACCCCUUACUCUUUUACAUGUCAUUUUAGACAGAAAAGGUAUCCCUUUGAUAUACCUUCCAUUGACCAAAUGGUCCCCCUUUAAUUUCACAUACCUUAACUUAAUAAGAAAUAAGUUGAAAUACCUGAAGCCUGAAAAGGGUUCCAGGGCGAUUAUAGCGAGUGCAAGCAGCUGCAAUGUCUCUGCCAAGCCAAGUGAAGCUGUGGAAAUGGUACUCAUCUAUAGCCUGAUAAAUUAACUUGAAAUUUUUUGAAAUAUUAAUCUGAAAAAUAGACUUUCAUUGUUGGCAAUGUUUGUUUUAUUAACCUCCUUAGGCUUCCAGCAUUCACAGAAGAACAAAAGAGGUCAUUAAAGGGAACCUCUGACUUUUUGGCCCUCAAUUUCUACUCUGUUUCAUAUGCUGAGCAUCAUGACCUAUCUAAGGAUGAAAAUGUUACCUGGGGCUACUUUACAGAUCAGGAAAUGAAGACUUCUAGAGAUCCCUCCUGGCUCAAAGGUCAGUGCACCUUUUCAUUACCUACCUGCCACACCUUUCUACCCCCUCUUGAAAAUAAAAGGUAGUUGAAAUAUCAAAGCACGAAGACCUUCCCUUUUCUGUUUGUGGUCAAGACACUGCAGUGGCUUUAAUUCUGUACCCUUCCGUUCCAAAGGUUAUUAAAGCCACUUUUAAUAUGAGCAUGAGAUCAUGCAUUUUGGAGAAUACUACUUUGGAAUUUUAGCCAGCCAUAACCUUGGAAUUAUCAAUCUUUCCUGUUGCUGGUCAGAACAUAGAGAGAUGUAAUGGUGUGAAAAGUGAUAUUUGAGGCAUAUGAAUUUACUGUGAAAGGUCAUACUAAUAUUGCAUUCAAUCAUGUUCUAGAAGUCAAAUAUUAAGGUCCCUGGCAAUCUGUCUCUCUCUAAGAGCAUAUAUUAAAUAUAUAUUUUCUUAGGAGACCAGAUAAGAGUAUUUAAGUUAGUAACUCAGGAGUUAGGUCCUGUGGAGUGAAGAAAGUUUACAGGGUAGAAAUACAGGAUGGUAUCACAUGGCUGUGCUCUCAGAAAAAUUGAAGAGAGCGCAGACCUCUGAAUUUGUGAAAUCUGGGAUGCCCAGCAUAUGAUUUACAUAAAGAAAAUACGAUUUUCUAGUCACCCAGGAGCUUAAGUUAGGCGCCAGGGGCCACUCGGCUCUGCUAGAGCACAGUGGCCUGCCUUGUAUCAUGAGAGUGGAAACAUCACUGACUUCAAUAAAGUGAAAAACUAUCCCAAGUUGACAAGAUUUCUUUUAAACUCUCCCUUGCAAAUCAUUAAUUUGUUCGAGUGCAUAAUGUGUAGCACACUUUCAUUAGCAGUAAAAGAUAUGACUUGAUUUAGUGUGCUUGUUUUUGUAACAAAAUGACAAUGGUGCCCAAUGAGCCAGGACCACCCUUCAUUAGUGACAGAUCUUUCCUAAUAAAUUUCGUUUUAAAUUGACUCAUUAGGUGAUCCGUCUUGGUUGUACUGUGUUCCCUGGGGCAUGCGCAAGAUGCUGGUCUGGCUUAAAGAGCAGUAUAACAAUCCCGAAAUCAUUAUCACUGAAAAUGGCUUCAGUGUCCAUGGAGAACAUGAUUUAGAGCUUCCUGUUGCUCUUGAUGACAAAGACAGGGUCACUUACCUCAGGGGAUACAUUAAUGAGGCUUUGAAGUCUGUAAAACUGGACGGUGUUAAACUAAAAGGAUAUUUUGUUUGGUCAUUGAUGGACAACUUUGAAUGGGAUGAUGGUUAUCCGUUUAGAUUUGGUAUUCAUCAUGUAAACUUUGAUGAUCCCAAACGCCCACGCACUCCAAAAAGAUCUGCACAGGUCUACAAGGAGAUUGUGGCAAAUAAUGGAUUUCCUUGAAUUGAAUACAGUGACA